AUUGAACGGUGAAAUUAACUCACGGUAGCAGCUCUCGGAAGACGGUGGCACACGCGACAGACGGAGCGUUUGCGAGCUAGGUACUGCUGCAGCUGCAGGGCCAGCAAAGCUGCCGAGCGUAGCAGUGGUUGCAGACGGGCGAAAUUGAAGCAGCGGGCUCCAACAGCUCACGCAGCGGGACCGGGCCUGAAGCGUGCGCGCGCAAGAAGGGCAGGCGUCGCCAGGACAGCUCCGACACGUCUGGCGAGAAAGAAGCAGCCAAUAGCUGGGCGAUGGCGAUUGGGCCUCGUGGCGGACGGACGAGGGCUGAGGAGAGAAAAGAGAGACGACGCAGCAGCAGAAGCUCAGGGGCGCACCAAACGGAGCCGGGAUGGCACGCACGCUUGUCUUGUCCAGCACCAUCGCCAGACCGGCCAACGGCCCAACGGGGAGUCGACAAGACGACACUUUACAGUAGACUACAUACACUCUGCAAUCCUUCUGGAACCCAUCGUCCAUCACCCGCACCGCACCGCACCGCCGCUGGGCAGCUGUCACGCCUGUUACACACAUACCGCUGGGCCCGCACUAUCGGCACCCGAACGUUCCACGGUCCACGCACGCUGCAGCGCCUCAGGUAUAUGCACGGCAAAGGGGCAGUUUCGAAGCGUCGAGAGAACACCGAGCCCGUUCCCGCUAGAACACGAUCGCCUCGCCGUGUGGAGGAAUGGAAGUUCCAGAUGUCCCCAGCUUGCCAGUCGCCAGGCCUCGCGCAUAAUCCGGGACCCACUCGCUGCCCAUUUUCGGUUUCAGAGUCGCUAAUGCUGAAAAAUCAGCCAAUCAUGCUUUGUAUCUUUUUGCAUUUUCACUAUUUCCGUGCAACCGUUCCUAUUGGCCGCGCGGUCUGGAUUAUGCCCUUUCUCGCGAACUGCUUACUUUGCAAGACGGUACCGGAGCAGAAUGACGCAACGGGUGCAAUAUACCUACGUACCGAUAGAAGCCGUACGGUACCUCGCAGCUUCCCGGGAUCAGCAGUUGUCCAGCCCGGCUGCAGCAGCGCCAUUCUAAUCUCACGUCAAGACGAACUCCCGGACUCUCCUCUAUAAUCUCAACUCAACCACCCUUCAGUCCUCGCCAUGUAUCCCUCCUUCCGCUGUGACUGCAAAGACAGAUUAUGACAGCCAACGGGAAGGAGCCAGGGGGCGCUCUUCUCGAAUAGGCUAGCGCUAGAGGAACCUCCUCUCUUACCUAGGUACCUCGGUAAUCUUCGAGGCUUGCUAGGUACAUCAUGCCCAGGGGGUGACCGGCUUGCCGUCAAGUAAGGGUCCAACCUGCUUAAGUAAGGCACCCACACAAGUUACCCCUCCCUUCUU